AUGAAUCUUGAGGAUCUUCUAGGCUUUGAAAGUGAAAUUCAAGAGGAGCGAGAGAGAUCAUUUAAGCUCUUUAAUGAAGCUAUCAUGAAUAGAGAGUUUAUUGAUCAACUUUUCGAGUAUCUUAAACUCGAAUUAGAACCAAAGAUCCGAUUUCUUGUAGAAUCAUCAAUCCUCAGAGUUAUUAAGAUAAAUUACAACCAAGAAUCCCUAUUUUGGGACUAUGAUCAGCAAGUCAGAAUUCUAAAUACAUUAGUCGAGUACGCAUUAAGCGUUCCAUACCAAAAUUCCCAAACAGUUGUUGAUGCAAUACGUCAUAUUAUCAUGAGUUCAACAGUCGCAAUCAUAGAACAAGUUAAUGAAAUCUUCGAGUUAUUUAAUACAAUGACACAGCAACACCAGUUCCUUAUUCUUCUUCAAAUCAUGUCAUUUUGGACGAAAUUAGUAUCAAUUACCCCUCUUUCCGAUGAAGAAACUGAAAAAUUUGGAGCCGCAAUUGAAGAAUUCAACGCAAAAAUUGUUCAAGCAUUCAUCCCUAUUACACAAGCGUUUUCAGAAGACCUUACGUCUACACCUUAUCCUUUAAAAAUUCUUCGUGUAAUUUCAAAAUGUUUAAUUUCACUUUCAGCAAAGAGCGAAGCCAUAUUCUACGACGAGAGCUUUGAUAACUUACUCGGACUGUUCAUACAAGCCAUACAAUUACCAUCAGAAAACAUGGGAAUUGUCAAAUUAAAAAGAUCAAUUUCGAGAUUAUUCAUUAUUCUUUGCAAAUACUUCUUAGGCAAAGACGAAGAAUCACCAGAAGAAUCAAUCAGAGUAGAAUACGCUAAUCAUUUCCAAUCAGAUAUCGCUCCACAAUUUAUUGAUAUUAUUGUUUACGUUUUAGAGAACGAUACUGAUGAUUUCCUUCAUGGAAACAUUCUUUACUUAUUAUCUCAACUGUUAUUCCACAGAUUAAUCCCUGUUGAAGACAUAACAGCAGAAUUUGUUUCAAAUUUCAUCAUAAAAGCCGCAAGACUCUCAGUAGACUCAGUAAAUGAGCAUAUUACAAACCCACAGCAGUAUAUUGGCUUCUAUCUCCAUUAUUCUACCAAUGAAUUAAUAAAUCGAAGAAGAGGAUGCGCAAAAGUCAUCGAAGCUCUUGUAAAGAAUUACGGAGGUGUCGAAGGUGAUGAGAACUCCUACCAAAUCAUUGAUAUGCUCUAUGAAUUGCUUCUUGCGCCGACAUCUGAUCCAUUUGAAUUUGAAUCACGUAUUUACUUGAUGACAAGAUACAUAAGAGACACAAAUACACCUAUGGGACCAAUGGUAGACCCACAAAUCAUUGAAGCUCUAGCAGAAACAGCAAGUAAACUAGUUGAAACAUUGGCUAAAGAAUCUAACGGCCAAAAAAGUGACAAGGCCAUUGACAGGACAUUUGUUUUAGCCUCAUUAUUGAUGCUUAUGAGACAUACUCUACCUUAUAUGGAUCCAAAUAUUGGAAUUUCGCUUGGCGUUCAUUGUAUCACUUUAUCCAACGAUGAAGUUGUCAUUACGACCGCAGCAAAGCUCAUAAGGACAUCCAUAGAAGAGAGUGAUAUGGGAGAAGCUGAUUUCGAUGUAAUAGAAAUCAUAAAGAAAUUAUUAAAUUUCUUAUCUUCCAAUUCACCAUCCAUUCCUAUGGCCAUUCGUGCUCUUAUGCGUCUUGGAGGCCCAUCAGCCACUCCUGUUGCCAGAGAAGUCAUUACAGGAAUGCUUGAAUUCUGCAUCGACAGCAAAACAGAAGAAUCCGAUGGAGAUUUAGAGAAAAUAACUUCAUCAUUCACUUCUGCAGCUGAAAUCAUCGCUUCCCUUGAGCAUGACCAAGAUGCUUUGGCACAAACAGCUGAACAAAUAUUACCAAUGGUUGCUGAGUAUUUCGUUAAUCAUCCAACAACGAAAUGUUCCGAUGAAAUACUCUACAUUUUGGCAUCAUUGAAUACAAAGAACAAAAUUGCAAUUCCUGCUGUUUAUCAAGCAUGUACAACAAUUGCAAACAUUAUAUCAGAAGAUGAAGUAUAUCUUUUACAUGCUGAACAGAUUGCUUGUGCUUUUUGUCCUCUAAUUCUUUUGGAUAGUUCUGGAUGCGAUGCCGAAAAAGCUGAAUUUAGCAGUUCUUGUUUCAAACUGUGCAACAAUAUUUUGCAAGUUUGCAACAAAGAAACAAAUGAAUUAACAUCAAGAGAUAGAGGUUACGCAUUAGUUUUAGCUUCUUGUUUAGUACAAUCCGCUGGAGAAUCAGCUGUUAUCUUCUUACCAGCAGCUUUAGAAGCAAUUACUCUUGUUGGACCUGAUGAUUCAUUGUUGUAUUCGUCUGCAACAUUGAUGAUUGUUUCUUGUUUCACGGCUUCCCCUGAAACAACAAGUAACGCAAUUUCCAAUGAUUUGGCAAAUUACGUCAGAACAUCAGUAUCAGAGAAAUUGCUUCCAACAUAUAAGGAGUUCAAGCUCGGAUUUGCUUUGCUCCUUUACUUGGCAAGGUCCGAAAGACAGCCUUGCUACCAGAGAGCUGUAGAACUCAUCAAAACACUCUCGGAUUUGAAAACAGAAGAAGAAAAUAUGUCAGAAUUAAAUGGCGGAGUUAUUGAAUCAAUGAUUUUGCCAUUCCAAAUGCCAAUAGAGAACUUGAACGAGCUUGAAUUGUUUGGCGCACUCACAGAUAAGUAUUUUAACACUCUUAACCCCAAACUUAAGAAACUUGUCAGAAAUAUUUUCCCUAUGUAA